CCAAUAUAAAAGACUCUCUUCUCUCUCCGCCCUCUCUCUCUCUCUCUCUCUAUAUAGUUCUCUUCGCUUCUCUCUCUACUCAGCAAUGGCGACUAUGACAGUUCCAGACAACCUAAGCCGAGAACAGUACGUUUACAUGGCGAAACUGGCCGAACAAGCCGAGCGCUACGAAGAGAUGGUGAUGUUCAUGGAGAAGCUCGUCGUCGGAUCCACUCCCGCCGGCGAGCUCACCGUCGAGGAGCGCAACCUCCUCUCCGUCGCCUACAAGAACGUCAUCGGCUCUCUCCGUGCUGCCUGGCGUAUUGUCUCCUCGAUCGAGCAGAAAGAGGAGUCUCGCAAGAACGAUGACCAUGUCGUUUUGGUCAAGGACUACAGAUCCAAGGUCGAGUCCGAGCUCUCUCUCGUCUGCGCUGGUAUUCUCAACUUGCUCGACUCCAAUCUCGUUCCGUCCGCCACCGCCACCGAGUCCAAGGUGUUUUAUCUGAAGAUGAAAGGCGAUUACCAUAGGUAUCUUGCUGAGUUCAAGGUUGGUGAUGAGCGUAAGGAGGCUGCUGAGGACACUAUGAACGCUUACAAGGCUGCUCAGGAUGUUGCUUUGACUGAUCUGGCUCCAACACAUCCCAUAAGACUGGGGCUAGCCCUCAAUUUCUCAGUGUUCUAUUACGAGAUUCUCAAUUCAUCUGAUAAAGCUUGUAACAUGGCAAAACAGGCAUUUGAGGAAGCAAUAGCUGAACUUGAUACUUUAGGUGAAGAAUCAUACAAGGACAGCACUCUCAUCAUGCAACUGCUAAGGGACAAUCUGACUCUUUGGACUUCAGACAUGCAGGACCAGAUAGAUGAAUCCUAAACAUCUUUCAAGCUGACGAGUUGUGAUAUUCUCCUGGAGGAGGUGGGCGUUGAAUGUCAUUUGUUUGUGCUGACUAAUUGUGUGUUAAUUGGAGAAUGAGCAUCAACCCAAUGAAAUGAUGUUUCAUACUCAAGACUUUGAAAACCUGCUUUAAAAAUUCUCGUGGUUUGGAAUGCUUUGCUGGAUGUACUAGUUGCUAUAUUUUGCUGCAUUAUUGCAUUUGGUUGUAGUUUGAUAUUACUGUCUUCUCUUUUUCUAUGGUGGUAGAAAAUUAGUCCCAUAUGUUGACAGAAGGAAUUGUAAUGGUCUUUAUGAUGAAUGCUUUUUUGCCUUUUCAAAACAUUGCAAUUUAUAUAUAUUCUUUCAGCUUGAUUCCCAUAA